AUGAAGGCCGACGCCAUGUGCAGGCGCUGCUUGGCAGCCAACGCCCUCGCCUUGCUAGCUGUGCCCAACAGAGACGCGUUCGCCGCCGGACUGCGGCCAGCACUGGGGCCUGGCCGAUUCAGGGCGACGCGUUUUGAGGGCGAGUACUCCGACCUCCUUCACCCUCUCUGUGAUCGAAAAAUCGCCGUGGACACCAGCGCCCUCAAGCAGAGCGGCGGUGGCGACUAUUUCCUCGCCACCUUCUCCGGCAACGACAUCGGCCCACCGGGUGUCGGCAAUGUCGUCAGGGCCUCCUGCGACGCGGAGAGCGUCUCCCGGUACGGGCUGCGAGAUUGGAGCUUCGAGGCGCGCAUCUCGGGUGACGGCGAGCAGGUGGAUGCCGGCGACGGCGUGCAUGUGGGCAGGUGGCACCCGAGGGCUGCUGAUGGCGAGGCUUGGGAAGGCAUCAGAUGGAAAGACGGCAACCGCUGGCUCCUGGAGCAACAAGCGGCAGAAUGACGCCAGAGGGCGAGGUCUCCUGGAAUGCGUGCGCGCCGUUGUAGCGAGCUACUCUCGAGCGGCAUUACUUUCCGCUGAUCACAUAUGUGGGGGCACGUACCACAAGUCGUGCAUGCCCGCACAGCGGUGGUUUUGUAGAGAGGGCAUGCCGAUGCGUGUAGACUAGAGUCCGUGUGGGUCUGGCACUCAGUGUGUGGGCCCCGGUCGCGCCACCCCGCGCCCGCGCCCCAUCGACACGCGACACGCAGUACAUGUACGUUUUCG